GUACGCAGACGGCAUACACAGGCUUUGACCAGAAACGACGGUGUGAGGUGAAAAGCGGGUGUGAGAGAACGAAGCAUCGUUUUCGUUCUCUCUCUCUCUCUCUCUCACCUAUUUCACUCUAUGGACGUGCUGGCCUUUUACCUUAUUGUGUGAGCCAUAAGUCCUUAAGGUUUUCUCUUUGUGUGUGUGUGUGUGUGUGUGCUGCUGAGGAAGAGACAGUGGGCUCUCUUGCAGCCAAACCACCGGGGUCCGUUGUUCAUACACCUACAACCGUUUUCUCCUUCUUUGUUUUUUGCUCUAUUCUCUUCCCGCGAGAGCUCUCCCACCAGCUUCGUCCUACUCAACUUUGCACAAACGUCUUUAUUCCUUCCUUUCCGGCCUUUUCCGUUUUCUUUCUCUCUCUCUAUAUAUUCCUUUUUGUUUUGAGGCGUGUAAGAAACUGACGCGACUUCACGUGCUGUAGCGCCAGUGCGCACGGCUCUGUUGUUGCUCUGUCGUAACUGUAGAUCUGCUUCUUCUUUUGGAUCGCAUACUUACGCAUCUUUUUCGCCUUGUUGCCCUUCUUUUACCUCCCGAUUCGAGGGACGUUUGCAAGAGAAAGGAACGCGACAGGUGAAUAGUGGAGAUGUGCCUCGGCUUCUGCUCCACGCAGAGCGAGGAGGGCGAGUGGCGCGACAUCUACGGCGAUCCCGUGCGUCCGCGCCGCACCGGCUACGAGUGCCCGCCGGACUUCCUUCAGCUCGGUGCGUGGGCCGCUAUUAUCGUGCUGGUCGUGCUACACUACACGGUGCAGGUCCCUUUUUUCGAAGGUGCGCUCUUCAUUGUGGUGCUCGUCAUCACGUCGGUGAUCGUGGCGACCGUCGUGGUGACAAAAAUCAUUUUAGAGGUGUUUCCGCAGCACGAUCCCAUUGUUUUCCGCACGGACAUCCCGCGACUUGAGCAGGACGCGCUGCUGCCGGAGCAGGCACCGGAAGGGACGGAGCCGUGCGUCUUUUGCCGCCGCUUUGUGCAGCUGGGCUGCAAGCACUGUAGUGUGUGCGACAAGUGCGUGCCGGGUUUCGACCACCACUGCCGCUGGCUCAACAGCUGUGUCGGCUCAAAGAACUACCGGCUCUUCGCCACUUUCAUGGUCGCCGCGUGGCUCGGAAUGGCCUGGGUGGCGGCCUUUAGUCUCUACACCAUUCAGUGGAUGCUGCGCGAUAUUACAGCCUUUAAGCGGCACAUGCGCACCCACGCGUACCACAGCCCCAACCGCGCCUUUCCCGCACUCGUCGUCUUCAACUUCGUGUGCUUAAUCAUCGCGGUGAUGGGGAUCUGCACCUUGGGCAAGCUGAUUUACUUCCACAUUUACCUCCACUUCACCCACCAAUCCACCUACGAGCACAUCGUGAAGAAGCGCGCGAAGAGGCGCGCGAGAGGGGAGUACCGUAGCCAAAGCGGGGAGCCGGAACCGAGCGGGCCCUUUGCGUGUCUAGCGCUGCGCAAGCGCCGCAACUUCAAGAAGCACGGAAACAACCAAAACGAUAACGCUGGUCACCCCAGCGCCGACGAGGCACAAGAGGAGGGGGAGGAUGGCACGAGUGAGAUGGGCAUGACGCGCCGCUCUUCCAGCGAUGAGCAGGGGGAGAUGUAUUUGCUGCACCCAGUGCCGGGUCCCGGCGAGGCGGCUGUACCCACGACGGGCCGCUGUGAUAGCUUUAGUCCAGGUGAGGGGGCGUCGCCGAAAGGGCCUCAGCGCCGUUACGCGCCAAUCCCAGAAGGCCCAGCAACGCAUGGGACGAAGGGUGAAGAUGACCGCCGCACCUACUCCGGUAGCACGCAUGAACCGGUGGAGUGA